GCGCGUUACGGGGGGCGCCUCAACAGUAACAUUUAAAGCCACCUGGGAAGCAGUAACUGAGGUCCUUCUGCACUCUCAGGGGGCCUCUUCGCCAAGAUACGGUGAGGAUCUCUUGCGGCGCUUUGCAGACCCGUUCGCAAAGGAUUUUCUGUGGAUUGGUACUGCCAUGUCAUCUGAAGAAACUGAAGAAACUCUCACUUGUCUCCGCAUCACCCUUCAUCAUCCUGAACAGAAAGAAAAACAAGUAUUUCGUGACUUGAGCUUUUGUGAAAACCAGCGAAUGAGAGUAGAUGAUGUGGUGAAGUUUGGCAGGGACGUUAAUGUCUGCCAUUUUACCUUGACAGAUAAACGUGUGUCCCGCAUCCAGUUUGCUCUGCAGUUCUUCAAACCGUUCAACAGGUCGGAGUUUGGUUUUGAGAUAAAGAAUCUGAGCAAAAAGACUGAUCUAAUUGUGAACAACAUUGAACUGUCCUACCUAAAUAAGGUUGACCUGCCAGAGAGGUGCAUCAUUUGCUUUGGAGAAUACCAGAUACUGAUGGAAAAACAAGGAGGACAAUCAAAAGAUUACUUCGAAAUUUGCUUUGAAUUGGCCAGUACUUCAUUGUUGCUGGAAAAUUUAUCUUUCCAUCAACCUGUACCUGAAAGUGGCAUUUCAUAUACUGAAUCUCCAACAGAGACAGAUGAGAAUGAUUAAUGGGGAAACUCUCACAAAGACCAAACAGCCUAGUUUAAGUACCAUAACAUUCAGUACCUACUUUUUUGGCCAUUGUUCCAUACGGAAUUGUCAUAAUAACCCAUAUUUGUAGAAUUAUACACUAUAAGCAACUUGGUAUUAUCCUUUGUAGCUGGCUACUUGACUCCCUCUUUGUGGAAUAUUUAGAGAUUAAAAAAGCUAAGCUUGGUAUUGCAGACCCUGUCUGUUUGUAAAUGGUAUGGAAGAGCAUGCCUCAGAUUUUCAGUAACCGUGUUUAUUUCUUGGUGUUAAAUACCUCUGAAUCUCAGAUUUGCAUUGAAUAAGACAAUCUAAUCUUUCUUGACACACUUAGAAAUUGUAUUUUAUCUUUUAAAUUUAAGAUACAUAGGAUAAGAAAUCACAUACAUGCUUUUCUAUUUAUGGUUUCCUUGACAUACAAGUUUUUUUUGUAUCAUUGUGAUUCUUAUAUCUGAUAAUUUCAAGUAUUUUAUCUUAAAUAAAAACCUUAAGAUAGCAUUGAGUGAUCUUUGGCUGGGACACAAGGUUUUCACUUGACACUUGGAAUAAAUAAACUUUUGAAUUCUGUCCAGUCAGAAUAAUAUUCGAUUUAUAUAUCGCCCUUCAGGACAACUUAACGCCCACUCAGAGCAGUCUACAAAGUAUGUUAUUAUCCCCACAACAGUAUGUUAUUAUCCCCACAACGAACACCCUGUGAGGUCAGUGGGGCUGAGAGAGCUCCUAGAAGUUGUGACUGACCCCAGUAUGUUGUUAUCCCCACAACAAACACCCUGUGGGGUGGGUGGGGCUGAGAGAGCUCCUAGCAGCUGUGACUGAUCCAAGGUCACCCAGCUGGCUUCAAGCGGAAGAGUGGGUUCUCCAGAUUAGAGUUCUGCGCUCUUAACCAUGACACCAAACUGGCUCCCAGAGGGCUGUUACCUGUGGAAAGAUUGGUCUAUUCAGUACAGCCAUGUGGUUUAGUGGUUAAUGUGUUGCUUUAGAAUGCACAAAGACUUUCCUGUAUCCACAGUAGAAAUGAGCAAG